AUGGGGGUUCCGGCACUUUUUCGAUGGUUAUCUCGGAAGUAUCCUAAGAUCAUAUCACCUGUGGUAGAAGCUGAUGACCAAGAGAUUGGUAUUGGUGGUGCUGGUGCUAGAUAUGAAGAUGCUAAUCCAAAUGGCGAGGUUGAUAAUCUUUACUUGGAUAUGAACGGUAUUGUUCACCCAUGUUCUCAUCCUGAGCAUAAAAAGGCACCAGAGACGGAAGAUGAGAUGUUCUUGGAUAUCUUUGCUUAUACGGAUAGAGUUUUGAUGAUGGCGCGCCCAAGGAAGGUUUUGAUGAUUGCCGUUGAUGGUGUUGCACCUAGAGCUAAGAUGAAUCAGCAGAGAGCAAGGAGAUUCAGGUCGGCUCAGGAUGCAAAGAUUAAGGAUAUGGCUAUUGAGAAGGAAAUUAUGGAAAAGGAAGCUCGUGGUGAAAUAAUAAAUGACGCUAUAAAGGGGAAAAAACUGUGGGAUUCAAAUGCAAUUACACCAGGUACACCUUUUAUGGACCGGUUAGCCGAAGCGUUGAGGUACUGGAUUGCAUAUAAAUUGGCAAACGACCCUGGUUGGGCCAAUUUGCAAGUUAUCAUAAGUGACGCAACGGUCCCGGGAGAAGGAGAACAUAAAUUGAUGAACUUUAUACGAUCUCAACGGUCAGAUGCUCUGUAUAAUCCAAACACGAGGCACUGUAUAUAUGGGUUGGAUGCAGAUUUGAUCUUUUUGGGGUUGGCAACUCAUGAACCGCACUUUAGGGUAUUGAGAGAGGAUGUCUUUGCAAAUCAAGAGAAGCGCAUGACCAUUUCUGACCAUAUUGCUGCAUCAAGCAGCACCAGCAGAAAAGAUAAGGGUACCAAAGAAGAAGAAGAAGAAGCAAAAGAAGAAAGGGAAAAUAAAAAGCCAUUUUUGUGGUUGCAUGUUAAUGUGCUAAAAGAGUACUUGGCUGUGGAACUACAGAGCCCGCAAAUUUCGUUUCCAUUCGACUUGGAACGUGCUAUCGACGAUUGGGUUUUCAUUUGUUUCUUUGCAGGAAAUGAUUUCUUGCCCCAUUUACCGAGCUUAGACGUGAGAGAUAAUGCUAUUGACACUUUGGUUAAUAGUUGGAAAAGAUGUCUUUCUAAAUUACGCGACUAUGUAACUUGUGAUGGGAUGCUAAACUUGGAAAGUGUUGAAAUAUUGUUGGCUGAUUUGGCCGUCAAGGAGGAUGAGAUUUUCCAAAAUAGAUUUAGAAUAGAACAAAGGAGAGAAGAAAGUCGCAAGAGGCGGAAAUUGGCCGAAGAACAGGACAAAGCAUUGAAAAACGUUUACUUGUCCCAAGUUUCCAAGGGAAAAGACAAGGCGCCUAUGAAAGCAGAUGUAAAUUUGCCUUUAAUGGAUACCAGCGGAAACAUUGUUGACAACUAUGCACCUUUGUCUAACAAGGAUAUAGUCCAUCAUAGAGAUACUCUUACUAUGGCAGGAAUGUCAAAUACUAAUGCUGCUGCUGCUUUGAAAAAAUUAAUCGACUCUAAAAAGAAAAAGGAACAGUUCCAAGAGGACGGUACUAAUGGCGAGACUUCCGCGGGCACUUCUGCUAUAAACACUGAUCUGGAAGAUAUAACUGAGGAAAAAAGAAAAAGGAAAUUACCAGAUGAGGAGGAACCUGAACCUGUACCUGUACCUGUACCUGUACCUGAAUCUAAAUCUGAAUCUGAACCUGAACUUGUGAAUAACGAUAUUAGAUUGCAUGAGCCGGGGUAUCAAAACAGAUAUUAUGAGGUAAAGUUCCAUUGCAAGAACGAGGGCGAGAUUGAGGAAAUGAGGAGGAAAGUGGUGAAGCACUAUAUCGAAGGGAUAUCAUGGGUUGCUUUGUACUACUAUCAAGGUUGUCCCUCUUGGACAUGGUUCUAUCCGUAUCAUUAUGCGCCUUUUGCUUCUGACAUGACAAACUUGAAAGAAUUAUUUCCAGAUGGCAUUAAAUUUGAGCUUGGAAAACCUUUUAGGCCCUAUGAACAAUUGAUGUCUGUGUUGCCAGCUGCAUCAUGCCACGCUUUACCCGAAGUGUUUCAUGGCUUGAUGAAAGAUCCAGAUAGUGAGGUUAUUGAUUUUUACCCAGAGGAGUUUGAAAUUGAUAUGAAUGGGAAAAAGAUGAGCUGGCAAGGUAUUCCGCUAUUGCCGUUUAUUGACGAAGAGAGAUUAUUAACCGCAGUUCAGGGAAAGUAUGGAGAAUUAACAGAAUACGAGUCAAACAGAAAUAUCAACAAGGAAGCGGAACUUUUUAUUUCAAAUCACAAUAAGAAUUACAAAAGGUUUAUUGAAGCCUUUUUCGAACAGCUGGAGACUAAGAUUGUUUUCAACUGUGCGAAAAGUGGUUUAGGUGGUGUCGCAAUUAAACUCGAAGGGUUUGAGCCAAUGGGAGUAUUGAAUUAUCCGCUCAAAGAGGGCAAUAUGCCUGAUAUUAGCAAAAAGGAGUACUUACAAGUAGAGUAUCAUUUUCCAGAAAAGAAAAAGGGAAAGUCGAUGCUUCUAACGGGAUACAUAUCGGCAAACAAAGUGUUGACUGUUGCAGAUAAAAACGAUAUUAUUUAUAAAUCAAGUUCCAACGAUUACGGCAGAGGACUGGGAAAUUAUUAUAAUGGUAGUAACAACAACAAUUUCGGCUUCCGAUCUAAUGACUAUGUCAAUAACGGACCUGCUGGUAGAGAGAUUUUCAAGACAUAUAGUAUGCGAAGAGGUGGAUAUAGAUCCUAUUCGAAACCAGUAUCAGCAAAUGCAACCGCAGUCGGGACAGGGGUAUUACAGAAACACAGUGCAUCACCCCAACCAGCAGGUAUACCAGCAACCAUUUCUACAAAACCAUCGACAAUAUUAUCAGAAUCAGAAUCAGAAUCAAUAUCAGAAUCAAUAUCAGAAUCAAUAUCAGAAUCAAUAUCAGAGCCAGUAUCAGAAUCAAAAUCAAAAUCAAAAUCAAAAUCAAUAUCAGAGCCAGUAUCAGAAUCAGAAUCAAAAUCAAUAUCAGAACCGUAA